CUGAAACAGAAUGUUCAGGUAUUUUUUAAACAUUUUCCAAAUACUGUUUCAAAAUAAAUUAAUGCACAACAUUUAUUUGAAUUCAAUGUGGCAAGACAGCAUCAACAUGGAAUUUGUAUCUGCAAUUCGUUGUCGGAACCGAAUUUUGUAAAGAAGACGUGCUAUGACGUGAAUGACUGUUACCCAUGGGCUGUGUUCAAUAAACAACUAUGAUUUCACUUAAUUCAGGUUAAAUUCCAAUUCUAUGAGUUGACUGUUAAUAACUGACCAUUAGACCGAAUGGAAUCACUAAUGCGUGUCUUAAGACAAGGAUAAGAAUGAUAUACGGCCCCUGGUAAAUUUCUGUAAGAUUAGAGCAAUACUCUGCAUAAUGGGUUGCGGGUAGUGCUAAUUCAGUGUGCAACCUUUGUAGAACAGUUGUUUACUGAAUUAUUUCGUCUAAUAAAGACGAAUGAAGAUGGUGAAAGUCUCAACCAGUAGUUGAUAAUAGAUAAAUAUAAAUUUAAUACUAGUAGAUAAAUAUAAAUUUUAUACCAGCUAUAAACAUGCAGAGAAACCACUGCUGGGUUGUUGCCUUCUGUUUUGGAACAGAAGAAUGUUGCAUUACGUUUUCUUUCAACCAUGAACCCUUGGCUGUUAAAGCAGUUAGGAUUCAAAGGUAUGACCACGUAAGUGCAAAUGAAAAAUUUCCUUUGGCGAUUUUGCUGAAUAAACGCAAUGAAUUUGACUCCUUUGGCUGUGAGGCGCAAAGGAGAUACAAAGACAUCUCAACGAAGGACAGUGACACAUGGUGGUUUUUCAAAAGCGUUUCGAAUAUAAAUAAAACCGCAGCCGAAAUGACCGUUAAUGAUGCCAAAGGGAGGGCAUUUCCGUUUGAAACCCUCAUGGAGAUAUUGAUUGAACAUAUGGGUCGCCACUUGAAUUCCCUUCUAGCAGAUAUUGGUGUUUUCAUGUCUAUGAAGGAUGCACUACUUGUCAUUACUACGCCAUCCACAUGGAAUUCAGAUGCUAAGCAGUGCAUCUUUAGAGCUACUGAAAAGACCAGUUUAAACGUGCGGAACGUUUUAUUCAUCCACAACGCUGAAGCCGCUGCAAUAUGCUGUUACCAUGAGCUUCGGGGGAGUAACCAUGGCGUAGAUUCCUUGAAUCGAAAACUUCUGGUGAACUGGGAAGAAAACGGCGUUGACGUGGCAGUUAUUGAACAGGGUUUUGAUGAGGCAUUCCGUGUGACAUUUCUUGGCAACAGAUCACUUGAUCCUCUGCAAAAUGCUCUAAAAAGAUGGCUCAAGUACCAAAUGGGUUUGCCAGAUGUAGAUAUCGAUAGGUUUGACGAAUCAUUUCGUGAACAGAUUCAUAUGAAAGCAAAACGCGCCAUUGCAGACUGGCGUAUAGAUAUACCGAGGGAGUUAGUCGACAUCCUCAAAAACAGUGACAAACUCAGCAUAAAACACGGUGGAAAGCUGUUUCUCACGUCUGAUCAAGUGAUGAAUCUGUUUAAAGAACAUUUUGCAGCUGGUUUUGAACUGAUAGACCAACAUUUAACCCAUGCACAAUACCAGAACAUCACCGGGAUUGUUUUUGUCGGAAAAUAUUCAGAGUAUUCAGUACUUCUGAAGUUGCUACAAGAACGAACCAGUGAGGUCACUGUGCCUGAACUUGGCGAGGUCGCAUUUGCCAAAGGGUCCGUUUUGUAUGGUCAUUAUCCUCAAAAAUUGUCUAGAAGUAUAAUAAGAUAUGACAAUGAAGAUGUUGAAAAUGAUAUACAUCAGAUGAGAUUCAACAAAAAGGUACUAAUUUACUCAAGAUUUACCAAAUGAUCGCCAUACCAGUAGAAUUACAUCUAGCUUUGGUUUGAGUUUUAAUUUUGUUUUCCUAGCGUGUUACACACCAUCAAAGCACGUGGCGGCGUUCAAAGUUUUAGUUCGAAUCAUCAGUUGUACCCAAUAUUUCUCAAAUGUUUUGCGUACUGAUUUCCACUCAAUCGUAUCUACUCGGUGAUCUAUGGAAAACUCUGCAUAAAGAGUACAUCCCACCUUCUGUGCAACUACAUCUCAUAUGGAGUUACAUCGCGUUCAAAAACACAUAGUAAUCCAUUUACCACAGCCAAAUAGGAUGGUGAAUAUAAAGCAUUUAAACUAAAGUCAUGCUUAAUAAUAAUAGCAUUUAUUGAUAGAAAAACGACUGUAAUUUUGUACGUUAGACAUUUGACAUGUUCUUAACUUUUUGACGAUCCUUGAUCCUUUCACCGUUAAUUGUCUGAUGCUUUUUGAUGGAAGAUUUAUCAGCGCAGGUUAAAAGUUGAGUGAUCCUUUUAAAUGGGAGUUCAUUUAUAAAACAAACAACAGGUAAAACUUUAUGGAAAGUAUCUGCAUACAUUUAAUAGGUAUUUUAAACCAUGCAUCACAUACAUGUUUGUUUUGUACUAUGGUGGUUCUGAUAAGGUUAAAUUAUAUUUUUUAAACAAGCAAUCAAAUACUUACAAGUUCAGGGGACUAUGCUGCCCAGUAUAGUUUAUUGAUACUGCUAACGCCAAUUAUUGGUGUUUGAUUCUCGUGACGUAUGGGCACUUUAUACUACGAUCCACAUACUGGCCAUUUGAUGAACGGUAAAUGAUUAAUGUUUGGCUAAAGAUUCUAAAAUAUUGUAUUCAAGUGUCUGGAUAUCGUUAGCACUGUUCAUAUUACUUCCAUCAGCGAAUGCCACAAUAACCAAAUUAAUCCUCAUACCAGUUUGAUAUUUGUGCCUGGUCUGGCAGCUGGAAAAUCGUGACAAACGUUAUCGUUACCGACUUCGAUGUUUGAUUUCAAUAGUGCCAUGACUCCAAAAUAUAUUGAAAGACAUGCAAAUAGUACAUUAACUCAUUCCAAUAACGUUUGGAACCUAAGCCGCCCCAGCAAUAGCCAUCUUCGACCAUUUAAAUAACUACAUGUAGCUGCUCUCAGUCAUUUGUUUUCCGUGCAUGCCCAUGUUUACAACAUUUACAAUUCAAAUGAAAACAGAGGACAGAAUUUGAUGUUAUUUUGUUAAAUAAUCUGACUACUAAAGUGUUCCAUUGAUAUUGUGUUUGAUUCUAUGAACAAUCCUUAAACUGAAGAGAUAAGCUUUUGAAAUAGUGCGACGUUCAACGGCAAAUAACAACCAUUAAAACGUUCACUCAUUUUUGUACCUUUUUCUACUCCUACUUAGACAUGAUUAAAUCAAUAUGUAUGUGUCUCAUUAAUACUUGCAGGUACAUACACAAAAUAAUGGGCGUGACUUGCGGGUGCAACUUGGGACAUGCGCCCCUUUCUAGAAAUCUAUAGAUACUGGCUUUACAUGCAAUGAGUGGGGUGGGGUUAGUAGGUGAUACUGCCCAGAUGUUGCUAAUGUUAGUCUAAAUGAUGCAUUUCGGUGUAUUAUAUAGAUAUUCUUUCUACCAUUUCUGUGGGGGUUGAGGGUGGUGGUGGGGGCGACGUGUCGUCGUGAACGCGCACCUAAAAUAAUUGGUUGAUUUCAUAUAAGUUUAUUGAUUAAACAUUUUCUAAAGUGUACAAACAUAAAUAGUAUAUAUCUAUACUCGCAGUCGUUUCACGCCCGUGUCGAUAAAUACAACUAUUUAAUAACCAGAUAAAUUAUCGCAAUACAUGAAUUGAGGGUGUGUUUUUUUCUUUACAUUUUUUAAUAAAUUGCACUUCUCUAAAAACGUUGUGUUGCUUCUGGAUAUGCUCGUUCUAUACAUCCUUAUUUUUCUUCAUAUAAGUUUCCUUUUUUUUCUUCUUCUUCUUCAUACUAUUAUAGGUUACAGGAAGGGGAUUUUUGGCAACCGUUGCCAUUGAUUUUGGAACAACAUACAGUGGAUAUGCGUAUGCAUUGCACAGUGAUCCAUCAAAAGUUUGGGCAAAUAAAGCAUGGGUGGCAGACACAUCAUUCCUUUCAAAGAAAACACCGACAUCGGUUUUGCUGGAUAAGAGUAUGCAGUUUGAUUCCUUUGGCUACGAAGCCGAAAAGAAGUACAAACGUCUUUUAGCUGACGAGGAAGAGGCCGGUUGGCAUUUGUUCAGACAGUUCAAGAUGAAAUUGCAUACAAGUGAGGAAGGAAUGGACAGAAAUGUGAAAUUGAAAUCUAUUGAUGGACAGGAACAAAGAGCCAUGCCAAUAUUUUCGAUGGCCAUUGAGUACCUCAAACGAGAAGCAAUGAAGCAAAUAAAUGAGACGACUGAUGGGUUGAGGGAUACAGAUGUUCUCUUUGUGAUAACUGUUCCAGCAAUAUGGAAUGACUCCGCAAAACAAUUCAUGAGAGAAGCAGCUAUUCAGGCAGGGAUAGAGAACGAGUGCAUACUAUUAGCUCUAGAACCAGAAGCUGCAACAUCGUGGUGCAAGCGCAAGCAAGAGGAAAUCGACCCUAAAGGGCCAUUGUCCAAAAAGGAUGCAAAUAUUAUGGUGGUGGAUGUAGGAGGAGGAACGGUGGACAUUUCUGUGAGCCAGAAGACGGAAAAAGGUGGAAUUAAACUUAUUCAAAAACCGGAAGGAGGUGCCUGGGGAGGAACAGCAGUGGACAAAACAUUUCUUCGAUUCCUGGACGAAGUGUUCGGACAAGAAGCCAUUGAAAAACUUAGGGACGAAGCCCUAGUGGAAUACUACGAAAUACUUACAACAUUUGAAGUUCAGAAAAGAGACAGUAACAUUGAAUCAUUAACGUUACAUGUGCCGACACUAAUCGACAUCACUGGUGAGCAAAACUUGAUGGAAAAUAUAAACUCCCUCGGGUUUCAAAAUGAUGUCAAAAUUUUGAAGAAAAGAGGGAAGAGAAUUCGUAUCGGACGCAAUGUAAUUGAAAGCUGCUUUCGAUUGCCGGUCAAAAACAUAGGCAGUCUAAUUUGCGAAUUACUUCACAAGCCACACCUGAAAAACAUCGAUAUCAUGUUGCUUGUGGGUGGGUUUGCGAAUUGUCAGCUUUUGAAAGACGAGAUAACGCAGAAGGUAGGCUCGAUAACAAACAUGUUUGUACCUAGAAAUCCUGAACUUGCCGUCCUGAAGGGAGCUGUAAGGUAUGGCAUGAACCCAUCCUCGGUUCGUGCAAGAAAGAUGAACUUUUCUUAUGGUAUCGGAAAGCCAGUGCCUUAUGACAGGUUGAAGCAUGAUGCAUCAAUGGUUGAAUUUGACAGAGGCACGAAUAUUGUGACAUUAUUCGAGAGAUUUGUUGAAAAAGAUGAAGAAUUCAAAACUGGAGAGGUUGUUAGCAAGUCCUUCGUGUCAGCCAUGGGAACUGAUUUAACAAUGAUCAAAGUGUUUACAUCAUCAGAGAAGAAUCCAAAGUACAUCAAGGAAAGCGGAUGUAAAAUGAUUGGAAAUAUCGUAAUAGAACACGAUGCGUGUUCUGAUGACAAAGAUAGAAUGUUCAAUGUUCAGUUUGAAUUUGGAAAAACUGAACUUUCUGUACGCGUUGCGAUGCAACACACCGGAAAAGAGCUUUGUACACGCAUUAAUUGUUUGUGAAUUGAACUAACAGGCUUUGCACAUGAUCUAUUUGUAUAUAUACUGAAUUCCGGAAGCUUAUCUUGUAAAAAGACAUUGCUGAAGGUCCGUUUUGAACGAAUGCAAACUGUAGUAACAUAUUCGCAUAUGCGGCAAACAUCAACCUACAUUUAAAGCAAAUACUAGGAACGUUGCAAUUUGACGAAAAUAGGUUUUUUAAAGUAUGCCAUAAUAUAUUUUGGUUAAACAAAUUUAAAAUAGAAGGUACAUUUAUUCAAGCCCACGAUCAACCCAAUGCCAUUAUUAGCUACUACAUCAACUACCACCUACACUUGACCAAAGUUCUAACGUAUUUAUUUAUUUCGAAAAGACGACAAGAUCAUAAAUACGUUUAGCUAAAUGUAAAACAUGGCGUUUACUUUUGUCCAUAUUGUUAGAUUCUUUAUACAAUGCGUUGUUGUCUCAGUAUCGGACCUUACCCCUCUCUUCGAUGAACAUGCAACGACUUUGCAUAUUUAUUGUGUAUUUUCCAGUUUACAACCACAUUUCUUGUAAGACGUCUCGCUUAAAAUAGCUCUCGAAGAUUAAGCUAAAUUCCUCGUACUUAAAUACGAAUUGUAAAGUUUUAAAAGUUCAUCGUAUAAAUAAAACAUAUUGUUUUAGACCACAAAAAUACAAAAACAAACAAUAAAUACUUUUUAACGAAGUGCAAUGUUUCAUCAUUUUUUCAUACUUAAAAGUACUAGACUAGACUAGAAUGCGUGUCCGA